AUGACUUUCGCUGCCUUGGAAGGAAUUCUAAGCUUUGUCGUCGCUGCCCUCAAUCUACUCACACUUAUGAUCAGUAUCGAUAUAUUGAAUGUAGAACUUGCUAGAAGAAGGGACAUGUUGCUACAGGACAGGUUAUCAGGACUGAGUGUAAGGUUGGUUGAAUGUUUGAGCUCAAUUCCUUACAUGGAGGUCACUUCUUCUAGAUUGUGUGCUCCCUCCACUUCUGCUUCCUUUGAACAGAGUGGAAACGUGGGAAGGGGUAUGUUUGAAAGUGUGCCUAAAGGAGAUGCUAUUUUCAUAAAGAUACUUCAUGAUUGGAGUGACGAGCGGUGCUUGAAGUUAUUGAAGAAUUGCCAUAAUGCCAUUCUUGAAGUUGGAAAAGUGAUUGUGGUGGACGCAGUUUUGCCCAUCGUACCAGAAAUUUCUACUUCUGCCAAGAGCACCUCCCAACGUGACAUGAUUAUGAUGACUCAGACUCUCAGAGCCCAGGUGGCAGAGAGAGAAGUGAGGAAGAGGUCAUGGAAUUGGCCAGGUCAGUAG